AUGACCGAUUAUCAAUUGAUCAAAGCUGCGCAAAUCAUCGUUCAGUCGCGUUUAGGUGAGAAGAAAACAACCAAAUCGAAACCUGUUUAUUCAGGCAGUGAAUGGUUUCACCUUUCCAUUAAAGACAUUCCCGAAGUAACUGUAAAUGCGAAAAAAUGCCUCGGCGAUGCUCAACAUCUUCUAAUUGAUCCACCACACAGUCCAUUUUGUGUUGAAAUAUCUCUUCGCACGCCCGAUUGUGAUACAAUUACAUUGGAAACAUGGUGCAUUUCUUUUGAUGAUUCCGUAUCUGACUCCUCACAACGCGUUCGGUUCAAUAUCUAUAAUCGAAUGAGUAUUGUCCUUCGCUCGUUACUCGCAUGUACACGCGCAACACCAACUUAUCAAUUGUCGCGUAAACAAUCUGCAGAUAAAUAUAUCAUUUGUUAUAAAAUGUACAGUGGGGAACCAAUUGUGAGUCAUCUUGGUGAUCAUUAUUCGAAGAAAACGAUCGGAAGUAUUGUCACACCGAUUGGUCGCUUUGUACUGAAUGUGGCCUACCGCACACGAUUGACAAUGUCAUCUCCGCAGAUUGAAAAUGGCGUAAGUGCAAUAACACAAUUUGGUAUCGAUAUAAAAAACGAUCAUUUUUCAUUGGAUAAAACUCAACGAAGUGUUGAAGAUGAUAGCGAUGCUCAAUUACCUUCUGAACAUAAUUCAAGCGUGCCGAAAAGUUCACCGAUUGAAAUGAUGAAACGACGACACGCUAGCUGUGAUUCAGUUUCUUCCAGCCAUGGAACACCAGAUAAAGUUUAUUAUAGUAAACUGCGUGCUGCUUUCGCAACACCAGGCACAACAACAUAUCCUACGCACGUUGGCUCAUAUUCACGAACAAACGAUAAUGAUUUACCAUUCGUUCUUAUGAUGCAACAACAGCAGCAACAGCAGCAGUCAAAUCCAAUGGAUCACGAUCAACAACAAGAACACAAUAUGAAAAAUAAUUUUUAUGCAAGUGGUGAUUCGGAAAAUGAAACAGCACCUGAUGAUUUUAUUCUCGUUGAAGUGAAACCAUUUUUCGGUAAAAGCGAUUCGACAGAUGAUCUGGCAUUAUUCAUUCGUUCUUGUCAACAACCACCAAUGCUCGAAUCAUUCAUUGUUGAACCAUCACUUGGCGAAACAAUUAAUCAAUUAAACGAAGAAUUACGCAUUUUUGAAUCUAAAGUUGAAGAAUUCGAUCAACUUGUGACAACAUUGGAUACCAAUCACAAAGCUUCUUUAUUUACGACGGAAUAG